AGAGAACGGCGGGACGGGCGGGAGCCGCAGCCCCGAGGCGCAGAGCCCUGGGACCUGAUGCGACCCUUGCUGCGCACAGGGCGGGUAAUGUGAGCAGAGCCCAGGAAUGCCUUAUGUGGAUCGGCAGAACCGAAUCUGUGGGUUUCUGGAUAUCGAGGACAAUGAGAACAGUGGCAAGUUCCUGCGGAGGUACUUUAUCCUGGACACCCAGGCCAACUGCCUCCUCUGGUACAUGGACAAUCCCCAGAACCUGGCGGUUGGGGCAGGAGCGGUUGGAUCUCUGCAGCUGACUUAUAUCUCGAAGGUGAGCAUAGCUACCCCAAAGCAGAAACCGAAAACUCCAUUCUGCUUUGUCAUCAAUGCCCUGUCUCAGAGAUACUUUCUUCAAGCCAAUGACCAGAAAGAUCUGAAGGACUGGGUUGAAGCUUUGAACCAAGCCAGCAAGAUCACUGUACCCAAGGCUGGGACCCUACCCUUGGCCACUGAAGUUCUCAGAAGCCUCACAGCUCCUCCUACCCUAGACAAGAAGCCGCAGGUGGCCUACAAGACUGAGAUCAUCGGAGGAGUAGUGGUCCAAACACCCAUCAGCCAGAAUGGUGGGGAUGGGCAGGAAGGGAGUGAGCCAGGGUCUCAUGCCUUCCUGCGGAGGUCUCAGAGCUACAUCCCCACAUCAGGCUGCCGUCCUCCCACUGGGCCUCCCCUCAUUAAGAGUGGCUACUGUGUGAAGCAAGGAAACGUGCGGAAGAGUUGGAAACGACGCUUCUUUGCCCUCGAUGACUUUACCAUCUGCUACUUCAAGUGUGAGCAGGACAGAGAGCCCCUGCGUACUAUACUGCUCAAGGACGUUCUCAAGACUCACGAGUGUCUCGUCAAGUCUGGCGAUCUCUUAAUGAGGGACAACCUGUUUGAAAUCAUAACCACCUCCAGGACAUUCUACGUACAGGCAGACAGCCCCGAAGACAUGCGCAGCUGGAUUCAGGAGAUUGGAGCAGCUGUCCAGGCCCUCAAGUGCCACCCCAGAGAACCAUCCUUUUCUAGAUCCGUUUCUUUGACUCGACCUGGAAGCUCAAGCCUUGCAAGCGGGCCUAACUUCAUCUUGAGGAGGAGACCGGCAGUGGAAGAAAAAAGGGCUCUCUGUAAGGCCCCUUCUGUGGCCUCCUCCUGGCAACCCUGGACACCUGUCCCCCAGGCUGGGGAAAAGCCAUUGUCAGCUGAGAACGCUCCGGAGGACUCUUUAUUCCUGCCUCACCCUGGGGAGAGCAAUGCUACCGGGGUGCUGGGGAGUUCACGGGUCAGGCAUAGGUCGGAGCCCCAGCACCCCAAGGAGAAGCCAUUUGUGUUCAACCUCGAUGAUGAAAACAUACGGACCUCUGAUGUGUGAUGUGCAGUACUGUGGUGUGCCGGAGAGAUGGCGCUGUGACUCAGUUUCUCUGCCGCAGUGGAGUACAGAGGCUAAUGGCACUCACAGUGGAGGGACCCAUCCAGCUGGCUUUUGUUUUUGUUAUUAUUUAAUUGGGGGGAAUCAUUAGGAUAGACCCACAGGCACACUCUGUUGCCUCUUGAAUGCCCCCCUUUUCCCAGGUUUCAUAGUGAGGGGUUAGUUUUAACUGUUAAAACUGGGAGAGGGGUGGUUAGAGUCUAGUUUUACCCCUAACCAGUACCCUCCCCGCCAUUUGUAUUUCUUUCAUUUUCUUGGUUUUGUUUCCAGUUUAUAUACAGGAUAUCAGGCUAAGAGCUGCUUUCACCUACCCCUGUUUAUUGGCUGAUGCGUGGAAAUCAGGCAAAGGGUUGCCAUAGGGACUGAAAGGCCUCGGGUUCGGGAGACUCAGGUUGCAGCAUGAUUGGGCCUCAUCUGAGAGGUGGCCUUGGAUCUGGGGAGUGAAGGGCGAACUUCAUAAAGUCUUUCCGGGCAGUUCCCUCAGGACGCCUCCCAGGGGAAGAGAGAGGACCUCUUAUGACUCAUGAGGGCUAAUUAAACUGCCAUAGCCACUUGUGGGAAUUAUACUCUUCUCUUGCUCCCCUGUGACCCCCAGUGUUCUCAACGUGGGUGACAGAGCCACAGCUCUGUUUGCUGUGUGUCUGGUCCUGAGGAUGGCAAGGAUGGCGUUAUCAGUGUUAAAACACCAGGACCAUGGAGAUCAGAACGGACGUUUCCCUUGAAACCACGUUAUUUGAGUAUAUGUGUGAUGGUUAAGUGUAGAAUGAUUUCCUGUGUGUGUGUGUGUGUGUGUGUGUGUGUGUGUAUUCACUCUCUAUCUCAGAGCCUUAAGGUGAAGCUGCUCCUGAGAGGAGUUGGAUGAUUAUUUAUGUCAGGCACCAUCUUUGACUCAUGCUUUCCAGACAGGAGAAUGGUGCUGCUUUGGCACAGCAGGUCUUGAACCCCUGUCUCUCAGCUCUUUAAGAAAGGGGCGGUGUCUAUCUAACGUUAAGUGCUUGUAUAUUGCACCCUGCUGAUGGACUUGCUUUUUAUACUUUAAGUUGUCCGGUAAAUGAAGCCAUGCAUAUAGUAGGUAGAAACCUAGCAUCUGAUAAGAUCCUAUACACUCCCCAGUGGAGAGACAAAAGAUUUUUUUUCCUAAUGGUUAUAUUUUUCAUGGAAGAGAAACUGGGAAUAAAGAAGCUGAAUCAGGAAAAAUCAUUGGCUAGGAAUUUCCUGGGUUCUAGAAGAGUUCAGAAGAUUAGAUUUCUAGGGUGUGGCUUUUCCAUUUGGCAAUAUACUAUUUCCACUGCCUUUGGAGGCAUUUGCCUAUCAAUCUUAAGUAAACUGUGUUACCAGAGACUAUGGCUGUCCCUCCAAGGAGAGAGGAUGUGGCUCAUUGUGUAACUUUUACCAGCUAGAUAAGUUAGUUGUGUAUUUUAGUUAGAAACUUGUAGCUCAAAGAAGAGACUUAGAGACUUUUUUUUUAAUUAUUUAAGCCAAUCACCACUCUUGUGUCUAUAGUUAAUGCAAAAGAAAAACAGGCACAAAUCUCUGUAAGUGUGAGAGGAAGUGUGUAAGUGUGAGAAAAGUGUGUUCUUUCUAAUGUGGCUGAAACCCUGAAGCUGGUGCCACACUGAAGACUCCUGAGCUCAACGUGUGGGAGCUGUCCCCCACUAUAAGUUUGGCCUUGUGUUCCUGGUCUAAAAAACAAAACCCACUGGAUCUCCAUCUCUUUUUCUGUUCUCCAUCUUUCCUCCUCCCCCUUUAUUAUUGUUUUUUUAAAAAUAAUUUUUGUGUAUUUUGGUUUUCAUAAACUCUUGGUUUGGGGAUUAUUUAUUUAUGAGUGACCAAGGUUACAGCUUAUUUCAAAAGCCAAAUUCUAAAAGACCUUUGUCUCUGGUUUUAACUUAAAAUCUUUCUCUAGAAAAUUCUUUGGCUGCUCAACAGAAUUGCUCAAUGUGAGAUGAGGAAGUAAUGAAAAUAAGUCAGGAGCUCGGGAGUGAGCUUUCCGCAUCCCUGACUCAUGCAGAUGAUGUCAUGUUCUGGUGUUUAAAUUGCAAAAUCCGUCUGUCUCGCUGCAACACGCCGCUAGCUAGGCUAUUACUGCUGCAUUAACUGGUCAUUAUAGAAAGCUGAUAGUCUCAUUAAGUAUUUCGAGAUUGUCGUUAGAUUAAACCCAGUGCCGUUUACAUUAUAUAAAGAAAGGGAAAGAUCAGAGUUUCAAUGACUCUACCUGGCCAAUACACGGGAAUUCCUAGUUAGAACGUUGUUAACAUAGCUUCAGUGUUAAGAAAGCAUAAUUAUCUUUGUGAAGUCCAGAAACAUUCCAAUUCUCAAUUCUUAUUUCAGAAUUCCCUUUCUGUCUGGAUUUCUGACCAGUUUUAUACUCAUCUCCCCACUUAAAAUCCAUUUGCUUUUGCUGGAGUCUUGCUACGUAGUUCAGGCUGACUUUGAACUGAUAAUCCUCCUGCCUCUGCCUCCCGAGUUCUUGGAUUACGAGCAUGUACUACCAUAUCUGGCCUCUCACAGUGUUUUAAUGUGAGUCAAAGAUUAGUGCAUGAACCUUCAGUGUUCGAUGUAUAAACUAGAACCUGGGGUGGGGGAAAACAGGGUGUGAUACAGUGUGGAUUCGUGGAUAAACAUAUGCUGUGGCUAAAUCAGAAGGGAUUUCUGAAUUAUAAAAGGUACUGCUUUUUAAAUGUAUUUGUAUUUGUAUUUUUUUUUUUUUUGGUGGAAUAAAAGCAGUCUCUGAGGUCGGGUUCUUCUACAAGGCUCCUAAGGCAGUGUUCUCUGCAUUUUAAGGGCUCACCAUCCUUUAGCCUUGAAAGAUUUGAUGGGCUUGCUUACCAAGAUCAGGUGAGAAUUAGCAAAAAUACUGUGCCUUUCUCAUUCUGUGGACCCUGAUGAGGGUAUAGAAGACCACAGCCUAGGGAGGGACCUCAGGUCAAAGCAGUAGAAUGAUGCCUCUUCUCCAGGUACAAUGCUGAGCUCCUGGGGAAAGAUUUAAGGCCCAGCAUCUUAGUUUACUGGAAGCAAACUGGUUUUGCUUCAGGACUAAAAUGACUCUCCGAAUAAAUAGCAGAUCAGCCGUUGAACAGGGGAUUUGACAUUUUCAGUAUUAACCAAAUAAACAGCCAUCUGGUAGGCAAUGGCAGCAUUUUGGAAAUUAAGUUUCCCAUGUCACUUCUAACUUGGAUUUUUUUUCUCUCUAAAAUCUGUUUUUCUCAGUGCUCCCCUUCCCUCCCUUCUCUCUGGGUGUUAUUGCCUGCUGGAGCCAAUUACAGUCACUCAUACUAGGUAGGCUUUGAAUAAAGUGAAUGUCUGGCAAAAACACACAGCGUGACCCCUUGGUCCUCUGUUUAUGAAGGUGUGGCAUGUCCCGUUUGAGCCUGUGUUUGAGCUGUGAAACACACCUCCAAAAGCACUGAGCUAAGUGCAUGGAAACUCCAGCUUCUUAUGUUGUGUGAUUUCCUAAUUGGUAUGUAGGAAAACGUCAUUUUCUAAAACUGUUUGG